AUGCCUCGUUACACACUGACUUAUCAUCGGAAAACAAAAAAGAAAUUCAAUAAAUUACCUUCGGAAAACGAAAUCCAACGUGUGGCACAUUCGUUAAUUCUACAACUGAAUUGUGUGGUCAAACUUACUCAACAGAUGCGAACAGAAGAUUCACGAUAUCUUCAGUUACUUCAACGACUUCGUCAAGGUCAAUGUAGUUAUGAAGAUUAUGAAUUAUUAUUGACGCGCGUUGUUGGACAGUCAUCAGUAUCUCUUCAUGAACCACCAUGGAAUCAAGCUUCCAUGCUUGUGUUUAGGAAUGAAAUACGAACGCAACUGAAUCACAGGUCGACAAUUCAUAAUGCAAUACAAACAGGUUGCGACCCAAUGGUAUGUGUUGCCCAGGACUUUUGUAAAGGCAAACCUGUUGAAGAGCCGGCACUCCUUAAAAAUUAUUGGAACUAUCAGAUAGUAAGACUGAGCACUUGCCGGGAUUGUUACCGUUAG